UGCGUAACAGGAACUAAACUAAUCAGUGUGCUUGGGGGCGGGCAUUCUAAAGGCGGAAGUGUGGUUUGUCUUGCUGUAAGCGUAAAGUUGUGGUCCAGCGUGCAGAUAUGUGGCCAGUGUUGUGGACCGCCAUGCGAACGUACGCCCCCUACGUAACCUUCCCAGUAGCCUUUGUGGUGGGGGCUGUGGGUUAUAAUUUAGAGUGGUUCAUUCGGGGCACCCCGGCUCGGCAGCAAGAGGAGAGGGGGAUCCUGGAGCAGAGGGAGGACCGCAAACUGGAGGAGCUUGUGGGGCAGGACGUCACUCAGGUCACCAGCCUGAAGGAGAGGCUGGAGUUCACGCCGAGGGCGGUACUGAACCGAAACCGCCCAGAGAAAAGCUAAAGGUGCCUGCCAUGUAGAGCCACGCGAAGGGGUUAAUGUCACCUAUCGUUAUGCCUGUUGCCUAACAAAGGACUGUUGUUAGGCAUAUUGUUCAUUUGUUCUACAAGUUUAAUCUCUGAUGCCUAAUUGAGGAGGAAUGUUGGCUGGACUUCUUUUUGUGUCAAAGUAUUAUGUGUAUUUUUCAUGACAGUCUGAAAGUCGCAAGUCAUGAAAUGGAUAUCGUAACAUCUGAGACAUUUUCCCUCAGUUAAUGUUCAGAAAAGGUUCGUAUGAGACCUGCAGACUAUUGUUUUUCCCUUAGAUUCGUAGUAUCAAUUUCCUGUUGCACAUGAUCAGUGAACUACAGCAAAGCUGGAGCACGUCGAGAUUUCAGUUGCUAUUUUCCUGUGCUUCUCUCCCAAAGACAAAGCUGACAGCAUGCAUUCAAAAGAAGAGCAAGCAGCCCGCAAGAGACUAACCCGCCAGCGUCAUAAGGGCAGAGCCUGGGGAAUGUGUGACGUGCGUGACGUGUGUGCGCGGUCUGUCUCAGGAGGUCUCGGGAAUGUAUGCUAUAUUUUUUUUUAAUGUACCCUGCCACAUUUCUGUUCUUUCACUCAUCCUUUGCAUAUUUAUUUUUCACCCAGAAGAAAAGCCACAAGCAACUCACUGUGAAUUUUUGCUUUCAUUUUAGAAAGUACACAGCUUACAGGAGUCCGUUAAUUGCUGGAGCGUUGAAAAGUACUGAAAAUGGAGUCAAAUUAUGUAUUAAUUGUGUCGGAUCCAUUUUACUUGCUGCUGUGUUAUUGUGGAUCUUUAAUAUGCUGUUUUGAGUCAAGAAUUUGAAGUAAAAUGGUAAUAAAUAUACUAUUAAUUUUAAGAGCUC